UUCUGCUCUUAUAAACAAUAUGCAUUAACGUCCUACACAUCCAGCCUGAGACAGACCAACGUGAAGAUGGAGGGACCCUAUUGUAAACCUUUGCUUGCUGUGUUUAUAAUUCUACUGCAGACCAUUUUUGGAAAUUGUGAGGUGCAGGUAUUGCGGCCAAUUGGUAAGGCGAAAAUACAACCGUUAUCGCUGAGUGUAAUUCAGCGUGAAACACAGUUCAAGAUCCACUGUCUGUUUAAGGGCCCCUCUGAUACAGAAUCCAGAUCCCCUAUCAAAGUUUUAGAUAUUCAGAAAGAUUUCACUUUGUUUGAGGCAAUUAUACCGGUCCGAAACGUCACCAACCACAAGUUAAUUCUAAAAUCUAAGUCUACAUCGGAAACAUUGAAAAUGGCUUUAAACUUUUUUCCCACAAGAUAUGCGCAAUUUGAAUUUUACGGAUCAAACUGCGAGUUUGAAGUGAAGGGUUCUACUGAUAAAUCCAAGUAUUCAGCCAUCGUUAAAAAUUGCGGAGCAGAAGAGGACUACACCAUGUACCAAUAUUUUAAAGCUAAGCUUAACCUAUCCGAUGAGAUUGUCUCAGUUACGUCAUUUCCGGAAAGUGAGAAGUAUUGGAAAUAUGUUAAUGUGUCUGAGAGCUACGAACCGGAAGAUACAGCGACCGCCAUUUUGAACAAAGAUUUGAUGGCCGAGGAUGGCGUUAAAGUGAGAAAUCUCGAUUUCGACGUGUUUGCUUUAGGACACAGACCACCACAAAGAAGAAAGAUGUGUGAAAGCCUUGUCUGGACAUUCAGUCUUAUUUAAUAUUCUUGAAAUGCAGUGGACAAGUUUAAACAAAAUGCAAAUUGAGUUUUAAUA